CGUCUCCGUCACCAAUUCUAAAGCCACUGUGACGUAUCUAAGAUCGACUCACAGAAUCCAUUUUGAGACCAUUUUGUGCUCACGCCAGGCUAAGAUCGUCGUGAGAACCUAUACUGUACUGUGUGUGUUUCUGAGACCCUGUGAACAGUUAAUAGUCGUAAAUAACUUAUCAAAAAUAACACCAUAAUGAACUGUGAGUAAAGACGGGCACGAGGAAGAGAGAAGACAUGUAGAAGAUAAAAAGGCAAUGGAAGAAGAGAAAGUGGAGAUAAAGUAGAUAAUAAAGAAGAAAUACAAGAUAAUGGAUGAUGAGGAAAGUCUGGACUGCCCCGUGUGUCUGGAACACUACAACGAGGACCUCCACACCCCCAAGAUGACCCCCUGCCUCCACACCCUCUGCGCUUCCUGCGUCGUCGACCUAGUGUCCUCCGCCUACCCCAACAACAGCCAGCGAGGUUCAGAUCCAGGUCAGAGGUCAAAGAAACCACAAGUGCCCAAGGGGAAGGUGGUGAUGUGUCCUCUCUGUCGGGAAAACAUGAACACUGAUCGACUUCAAACUAACAGGUACGUGUUAGCUCACCUGAGGGACCUGGAACGCUUGAAGGCUCUUCAUCACGGGGAACAACAGCCUGACCAGCAGCAGCAGGAGGCAGUCACAGUGUUGCCUCAUUGGCUGGACAACCAACAGCACGACCAAAUACAGACAGUGACAGUACCGGUUUACCAGCAUGGGAGACAGGACAAACACCGUCACAAAUACCUUCACACGUACCAGCACCAAUCCACAGAACCACUGUCAAUGAAACACCACCGCCGGGUUAAGGUAGCGCCGCCACCUCCACCAUUAACAGUAACAAAACCGAAACGCCGCUUUAGAUUCCUAAACCGUCGUCGGGCUCCUGUAAAUAUCCAACGAUCGAAGAAUUCACUCUCUGUGAUUCCCGACAGAUCUAUUCCACUUCUUGCUCCUCCUCCUCUUCCUUCCUCUCCUGGCACCCCCACCCACAGCCCCCAUCACCACCACCAUCUACCGACGCUGCCGUCUCUCCAAUCCCCGAAUCCCUCUGCUGGUCGUUUAUACCCCAAUCUACAUUCUCGGGAUGGUCAUCUGCCUCAACACCCUCUUCCUCCUGAUCCUUCCUCCCAUUCCCCUCAUCCUUCGCCUCCUGGGCUACCGGUGCAGCCACGCAACCAAAGGCCGCCGGCCGUGCCUUCAUCCACCCAGCAGUCUAAUCCUCUCUUCUCCCCAAGUCCCCCAAAACCACUUUGCGUCUCCCCAGCUCCCCGACAGACACCUAGCAUCUCCCAAGUCCCUCAGCAGGAUUCCACAGACAUCAUACCGUCAGCUCCCCCGGCUGUGGACAACUUUGAGGACAUGUGGUGCAGGACUUGUGAAGAACCAGCCAAGGAGCACACCUGCGCCGCCCACCACCUCACGCCUCUUCUCAGGGGUGAGGAGAUAGAGUGGAUCGAGAAGCAGCAGCAGCAGCAGCAGCAGCACAUGCAGAUGGCGGAGCAGGAGCAGCAGGACCAUGAGCUGGCCAUGAAGCUGGCUUGCACCACACUACAUGAACACAGCGCCCACCACCUGGCCACCGCCACACACCUCAACGACCACGACAGGUCAUCAGCAGGUGAGGGUGAGAUAGGGUCCGGUCAUCCACUUGACAUCAGCCACUGGACCUACGCCCAGAUACGUGACUUCAUCAACACCUCCUGUGACCCACACCUCCUCCAGGCGUGUUACCGGGAGUUUGAUCGUCGACGUCAUGAGUAUCACAGAACCAUUAAGAGGCGUAAGGGCAAGACCAGGCAGGCCCUUGUCCACUGAUACUCAACCAUUAUAUCUGUCCCUUAGCCCUUAUAUUUACCCCUUAACCCUUAUAUCAAACCCUUAGCCGUUGUUUCCUUCCUUCUUUCACCCCAUCUUCCCUCCCUUCUUUCACCCCCUCUUCCCUCCCUUCUUUCACCAAGCCUUCCGUCUUCCUUCCUCUCUCUUUUCUACUCCGUGAUGAUCACCUCCUGUACCCCUCCUUCACCAGCCUCGUCUCUCCUUCCUACCCUCACUGUCUCUCAUCCACCUCUAUCUUCCCUUCCCUCCUUCACUCUUACCCUUUCCCCUGGUUUCUCCUUCCUGUCAUCACUCUUCUAUCUUCUCCACCUCUUCCUUCCCUCCUCUUCUUCUUCCCCUCUCUCUCUCUCCUCUCCCUCUUAACACAUCUUACCCAAUAUGAAGUGAAAUUUCUGAGUUUUGCAAAAUUCACAACUUCAACGAAAUUAGUGAAGUGAUUAAACAUCCUUGCCUCACCUAACUAACACCUUGUAUGUGUAUAAUACCUGUUAAAUAUAUGGUCUCUGUGUGUAUACCGGUAGAGCAGCCAGCCAAUCAGAGGGGGUGCUGUGUGCUUCAAUUUCCUUGGUUAGAAUUUUUGCAGAGCAUUUUUUUUCAAUUAAAAAAUUUCGAAGUUCAGAAAAGUAGAGGAAUUCAGAUAUUUCGGUGUUUAGUUGAAGGUGGAAUGUUUGAGUAAGGUGGUCGGUGUCUCUGCCUCCUGUCCUCAUGUGUGAAAUAUAAAGUUUGUAAACAAGUAAAUAAAUAAAUACAAAAGAGAAAAAUAGGGUCCUGUGAGGUGUACUUUAGUGUCGUUUCACUGCCAUCUGAUGUGGGAUUGUGAAGCUGUUUUUCCACUUAUUAUUAACAGUGAUUUAAUGAAACAAGGAACUUUUCACUGUGAUCAGCUUUGAAGUGUUCAUGUCACUGUUGUGUUAUAAUGUGUCACAGUAGAACCUAAAGCUGAAGAAAAUGUAACUUCACUGCUAACGUAUGCUAAGUUAUGUCACUAAGGUCAUAUCACUGUUAUAUCUAACCUGUCCUUUCACUGUCAUAAUAUAAUAUAACCUGAUCAUUCACUGUUGUUAGAGACUUAAUCAAGAACGAACAGCAAUCACUGCAUCACUGUCAUGAGCCACACAGCCUACCUUCAUAUUACAGCAGCGUAACCCACAUACGAGAGACAAGUGAACUCUGGAUGUGCAGAGUGAAGAAAUAAGAGUAAAUUUCUCAGUGUGUCAAUGUAGAAUCCUGUAUAUCACUGCUAGCAUGUAUUAAUAAAAUGGACUCUUGUAUAUUACGUUACCACCAUAAUAUAAAUCAUAUAUAAUA